AUGAAAGAUAGCUCGGAAUUGCCUUUGACGGCUUACCAGCGCACGCAGCUCCAACAUCUCCGCACCGUGAUCAGUCCCUCGAGCCAAGUCAUCUUGGCACCUACAGAGCAUCACCAGCAUGACGACCAAGAACAACAACAACAACAGCAACAACGGCACCACCUGGGUUCCGCUGAUGCUGUAACGCAAUCGACGGCGGCAGAAGCUCCGGAAAACCCUACCGCCAAACGAACAGCGGAACUGUACACACAACUGGAUUUGGCUCGAAGGAUACGGCGCAGACUCGAGCAAUCCGUACAAACGGCAGAGGAAUUUGCCAGUGAGGAGUCCGACACAUUCAAAGUCCUGCGACAUAAUAAGCAUUUACUAUCACAGCGGCGGGACGAUGUUCUGCAACUCGUAGCUUUGACGGAGGCCGUACAGGAAGGCUUUACGCUCGACAAGUACGAUCAUUAUCAAAAGUUCUUCGCAAAGGAUGACACACUUGCGAAGCGAGCUCGACAAGUAGUCCGCGAUCAAGUGCGACGUUUAGCGGACGAAGAGCACGAAAAACUCGAGAAAAUAAUCAAGCGUUCCGAGGAAAGCUAA